AUACUGUAGAGCUCCGUGUAGCAGACGAGCUAAUGAUUAGCUAUUUCAACCGCACCGGGCAUCGUCAGCAUCUUGUGUUAGUUUGUUAUCUUUGUGGAAAACUCAGCGGGUGUUUAAUAGCUGAAUCCUUCAGAGGAAAGCUGAGUUCAUAUUCUCAGGGAUAAGUACAGAUGUGCCAGUAAAAAGACAACAACACACAACCAGCAGACACGACCAUGGCUGUUAUUUGAGAAGGCAGAGCCACAGCCACCUGGUGACCUUCCCAAGUCUCUUUUCCCUUUGCUUUGUACACUCUGCCUUUUUUGUUUUGUCAUUUUAUCCAGUAUCUCAGUCCCACAUUCUUAAAUCCAGCCCCUCGAUUUCUGCUGCUGCUGGAAAUUGGUCUAUCCUGUUACUCUCUCGUCCCAGUUUGUUGUUAGUUGUUCUGGUUUGAAGGCCAUACCGCUGCCAACAUGGUUGCUGAAGCUGACACCAUGUCUCAGGGCAGUGCCAUGCGACUGAAGCAGGAGAUCUCCCUUCUGCACGGCGUCUGCCUCAUCGUGGGCAACAUGAUUGGCUCCGGCAUCUUCGUCUCGCCCAAGGGGGUUCUUUUGUACACAGGCUCAUUUGGCCUGUCUCUGAUAGUGUGGGCCAUUGGAGGGGUGUUCUCUGUGUUCGGGGCAUUGUGUUAUGCUGAACUUGGCACUACAAUCCGCAAAUCUGGAGCCUCCUAUGCCUACAUCCUGGAGUCCUUUGGAGGUUUCUUGGCUUUUAUUCGAUUGUGGACGUCGUUGAUGAUUGUGGAGCCCGCCUGUCAGGCAGUGAUAGCCCUGACCUUCUCCAGCUAUCUGGUCCAGCCUUUCUACCCCACUUGCUCUGCCCCCUAUGACGCUGUCCGCCUCAUCGCUGCUGCCAUCAUAUGUCUGUUAACAUGUGUGAACUGUAUGAAAGUGAAGUGGGGGGCCAUUCUUCAGGUCGUCUCCACUGUAGCCAAGGUCCUGGCUCUCAUCAUCAUCAUCAUCGCUGGCCUGGUGAAGCUUGGUCAAGGCCACAACCAGAACUUUGAGGACUCAUUCAGAGGCUCCAAGCUGAACCCAGGUGACAUGGCCCUGGCCCUUUACUCCGCCCUCUACUCCUACUCCGGCUGGGACACUCUCAACUUCAUCACCGAGGAGAUAAAGGACCCAGAGAGGAAUCUGCCCUUGUCUAUUGCUAUUUCCAUGCCCAUUGUCACAGUGAUCUACAUCCUGACCAACAUAGCGUACUACGUCGUCAUGGAUGUAGACACGGUGCUCAACAGCGAAGCAGUGGCGGUGACGUUUGCAGACGAGGUUUUGGGCUGGGCUCGCUGGCUGAUCCCCCUGUCUGUGGCCAUUUCCUGCUACGGAGGCCUCAACUCCUCCAUCAUCGCUGCCUCCAGGUUGUUCUUUGUAGGUUCCAGAGAAGGCCACUUACCUAACGUCCUGUGUAUGAUCCACAUUAAGCGCUACACCCCCAUACCUGCCCUGCUUUUCAAUGGAGGCAUGGCUCUGAUCUACCUGUGCGUGCGUGAUGUUUUCCAACUGAUUAACUACUUCAGUUUCAACUACUGGCUGUUCAUUGGUUUGUCUAUCGGCAGCCAGAUCUACCUGCGCUUCAAGGCUCCUGACCUGCACCGGCCUGUCAAGUUAUCUCUAUUCUUCCCAGUGGUCUACUGCCUGUGCAGCGUGUUCCUAGUGGCGAUGCCACUCUACAGUGACACCAUCAACUCUCUAGUGGGCAUCGCCGUGGCGCUGUCUGGGGCGCCCGUCUACUACAUUUGCAUCCACCUGCCGCCCAGCUCCAGACCGGCCUGCCUCGGCAAGAUGCUCGAUUUGAUCUCUCUGUACACGCAGAAACUGUGCCUUUGCUGUGUGGCCUCAGUUGACAUUGACCUAGACAACAUAGACCCGGAAAAGAUUGAAUGAUGAUGGAGGAACAAAGGACCUGGGCUGAAGUACUGUACGGAGGAAUUGUAAAGGUUGGAGUUAAAGUCAGACAGGAUUUGGACAAGUAAAGAAUAAUGACAGGAAGAAAGGAGAGGAGAGAUAAGCUAAACACACUCUCGUACUCUUCUUUCAUUGCUGAGCUGUAUAAAUGAAGGACGGUUCAGGAUUUUACUCAAACAGAUGGAACGAAACUGUCCACUUCCCUGUGCUGUGGCACUCUCACCUGCUCACAAUGCAGUGCUGGUUGUGCAGCUCUGUCCACACACACUCUCAUGCUGCAUCUCACACACACAAACACACACACACACACACACACACACACACACACACACACACAAGGGAAAAUAAGGAAAACACCAGCCUGACCCAGAGGGAGUUGAGUCAGGAAAGAUUUCGUAGCACAUCUUAUUUCAAGAUUAUACACACACUGCCUCAUACGCUAAACUACAGGUGAACAUUGAAGUCAUCCAUUUUUCACUCUCCUUGCAUGCCAAAUACCGCAUUGCACCAUGUGUCUUGAUCAUGUUAAUUACUGUAAUAAUCUGUGUGUGUGUGUGUGUGUGUGAGUGUGAGAGAGACAAACAAAUAGGGCUGGACCUGUCCAAACAAAAUCCUGAGAGGCACAAUAUCCGAUCAUGGAGAUGUUCUGUAACUACCUUUGCUGUUUUGGACUUCACACAACACUCAGUCCCUCUUCUGCUCCGUUAAAAUGCUUUCUUUGACUACAGAAAGUUGCUGGUACUGUCCUCAAUGAGCUGUUGCUCUCUUUGGUACUUGUAAUUAUUUUUUUUUAAUGCUCGAGAUCUCAAACCACACACUGUUUCCUUGACACACAAAAUCUGACGAGACUGAAACCUGGAAAGCAGCACAAAAAAAAAAAAAAAAAAACGCAGUUCCUAAACUCUAAAAUGGCUCAGAUAGACAGUUGUGGAGGGUUUUUUUGUGAAGAAUGUCUUGUUUCACCAGUAGGGAUAAGAGUAUGCUUUCAUAGGUGCUGUUACUUCUUUCAGUUUGUAUGAAAUGUUAAUCUGGAGCUUGUUGAUGGACUUUGAGUUUCGCCUCGGUGUGUCAUGUGGCUCUCUCUGUGGUUUUAAUUUAGAAUGGGUAAUCCUACUAUGAACAUUAUCAUAAGUCCUUUACCAUGUGUAUCCUGCUACCACUCCACCUAAGGAAUGCCUGAUCCCUCUACAGUGCACAAAUCUGUCAACCAAACCUGAUUGCAGCCUCUGGCCUGUAUUUAAUUUCUAUGCACUGCACCUCCACCUAGUGGUAGCUUGCACUUUGUCAGAGAACUUGAUAUCCACCCAGGAGCAAGCUAUAAAAUGUCACGUGACAGUAAUGACACCAUCCAAAGCUUGUGCUGAAGUGUGUGUGCCUGUGAGUGUGUGUGUGUGUGUUGUUGUUGUUACUGUCAUUUCUCCAUUUUGCGAUGCUAUCUCACUCACAUUUUAUAGAUGCACUCUUUACAAAAAAAAGCACACCCACACUGUCCAGAGUCAUCAUGUCAUAGAGAUGUAAAAAGUGCCAUAAACAUGUAAAGUUUUAACUGUUUGAAUAAAUGUAUGCUGUACUGAUUGUUACUGGGUUAUAUAGGAACUAUAACAGAUGUAUACAUGAUUUUUCUCUCUUUCCUCUGGGGUCUACGCAGAUUCAAAUCUCAGGAUCAACCUCACCAGUUUAUUAACAUUUCAUAGUGUAUUUAUUGUCCUUUUUUAACCUUCACUUGUCUUAAUGGUUUGUGUUUCAGAUAUGAACAGACCAAAAUUUAAAUGUAAUGUUGCCUUUUGAACAUGUUAUAUCACCGCCUGGUUAUCCAUUCUGAACAAAUGAUCCCAAAGGUCUUGAUCAGGCUGACAGUGACCAUCCUUGUGCUCAGAGAAUGUAGUGAAACUGAAGCUGGCGUUUACAGUCGUGCAGUGUCUCGGCUUCAGCAAGAAAAAAAAUCCCAGCUGCCAAGUCUUAAUUUGAACAAAGCUGGCCGUCCAUCUAGCUUAAACAAGUGGAACAACAGGUCGUUUUGAGAUGAUAGAUCGUAAACACGUCAAGCCUAGAUUGGUGUACGCGGUGUACUGUGGUCCUUACAUGUGCCUUCUGUAAAUGUGGUUUGCUUAAGACCCCAUCUAUUUUUGAUAUUGUGACGUAGCUUUUGUGUACAGUAGAGCGGUGCUUCUCAACCUUUUGGCUCUUGGCUCCUCAGAACGAGUGGCGAAACAAUUCAACCUAAAAGUGAUUCCUCUUUCCAGGUCAUUCAUGCAAUGACUUGAUUUAACUCUAGAGGUUGAAACGGAUAAUUAACAAUUGUUUAGUAGAUAUUUGUAUGUACAUUUUUUUUUUUUUAAAUCACAUAAAUGAUCUGAAGGUUGAGAACCACUGCAGUAGAUGACCACAAUCAAGAGUAUGUCAUAUUGCUGAAGAGUUUUCCUCAUGUUUUUCCAGUGGCUUAUCAUGAUGCUAAGAUUUUUCCCUCUCUUUUGAAGUUGUUUCUGUCACCACCGCGUCUGCAACACCAGCAGAAGAUGUUAUUCAUGUCUGUUGCUUUUUGAGAUGUCACUGAGCGACUCGAGCUUCUGUAGGUCACCCGUGUUAUCAGAUUGCUGUUGCUAAGGAAAACGUUGGCAACAGCAAUCUGACAACCGAUGUCAGCUGUAAGCAAAAAAUUAUGUCGUAAACAAAUUUAAAACAGGAGCCUCACUCUGUUUCCUUAAUUAUUGUCAUAUUAUAUUUUGUCAUUCCUAAAGAAGCAGGACGCGAGUGGUGUACUGUGUAAUUGGUUUGCAUUGUACCAAAUGUGUGUGUGUGUGUUCUGCUUGGCUUGUCACUGUGGUGCGUUUGACAAUUCAUGCUGUGUGUGUUUGUAGUGUCGGAGUGUAGGACGAAUUUGUUGUUUCCUGCUUUGUUCAACAUUUUAAUUUAUUGCAUUUUGGACAUGAACAAUCCAAUAGCAAUUUUUUCCGUUCCAGGAUAUUUCUGUUUGCUCAGACCAACACAGGUCUGUGCAGUGUUUUUUUUUUUUUUUUAAUUAUUUGAAUAAAGGCAAGUAUGUGCAAUGUAAACAUC